CUGGCCCCUCCGGAGAAGCAAGAGAGGGCGCCACUCCUGAGAGAUUGAGCGCAAAGAAUCUGAUUAAACGGUUCAGCAGACCCCGGCCCCAGGCCCUGCUGAGCCCCAACGUCUCCGGCUCCUCCUGCUCCGGCACUGGGCGCCGCGGGCCUGGCCCGGCCCUUCCACGUGCCAGCGGACCCGCCCCCGCUUGGCCCCAAUUGCUCCUCUCAGUUCCCGGCCUUUGAGCAGAGGGAGCGCAGGUUAGCACGUUCCAAGCGCCCCCUGCCGCCUCCCCGGAGCCUCGGAGGCGGCCUCAACGCAGACCCCCGCCCGGCUGGGCCGGCCCCUGUGGAUGGCCCGGCAGGCGGAGCAGCACAAGAGGGCACCGCCCUCGGCCCGCCCGCCGAGGAGGGGACGCGAGCUGGAGGUUGAGCCCGAAGCGCCUGCACGGGGCCCGCCGCACUCUGCACUCGGCCGCCCGGGCGGCGGGGACGGGACGGGUGCCGGCGCGGGCUCUGCCGGCCGGGAGCCGAGUCCGGGCCCGAGCCCGAGCCGCACCGGGAGGCCAGAGGACUGUGGGCGGAGAUGGCGGCCGCGUCGGCCGCGAUAGUGGCGGAAGGGAUGGAGCCGCGGGCGCUGCAGUACGAGCAGACCCUGAUGUAUGGCCGGUAUACUCAGGACCUUGGGGCCUUUGCCAAAGAGGAAGCUGCUCGGAUUCGCCUGGGAGGGCCCGAGACCUGGAGGGGUCCACCUUCCCCUCGGGCUCCCCCAGAGCUCCUGGAAUAUGGACAGAGCCGUUGCGCCCGAUGCCGCAUCUGUUCCGUACGCUGCCAUAAGUUCCUAGUGUCCAGGGUUGGUGAAGACUGGAUCUUCCUGGUCCUGCUGGGGCUCCUCAUGGCUCUGGUCAGCUGGGCCAUGGACUAUGCCAUCGCUGCCUGUCUGCAGGCUCAACAGUGGAUGUCCCGAGGCUUGAACACCAGCCUCUUGCUCCAGUACCUGGCCUGGGUCACCUACCCCAUUGUUCUCAUCACUUUCUCAGCUGGAUUCACACAGAUCCUGGCCCCUCAGGCUGUCGGGUCUGGCAUCCCUGAGAUGAAGACCAUCUUGCGAGGAGUGGUGCUGAAGGAAUACCUCACCCUGAAGACCUUUGUAGCUAAGGUCAUUGGGCUGACCUGUGCCCUGGGCAGCGGGAUGCCCCUUGGCAAGGAGGGCCCUUUUGUGCAUAUCGCCAGCAUGUGUGCUGCCCUGCUCAGCAAGUUCCUCUCCCUCUUUGGGGGCAUCUAUGAGAACGAAUCCCGGAACACAGAGAUGCUGGCUGCUGCCUGUGCCGUGGGAGUAGGCUGCUGCUUUGCAGCACCUAUUGGAGGCGUCCUAUUCAGCAUUGAGGUCACCUCCACCUUCUUCGCUGUGCGGAACUACUGGCGAGGCUUCUUUGCUGCCACCUUCAGUGCCUUCAUCUUCCGGGUCCUGGCGGUCUGGAACCGUGAUGAAGAGACAAUUACGGCUCUCUUCAAAACCCGAUUCCGGCUUGACUUCCCCUUUGACCUCCAGGAGCUGCCGGCCUUUGCUGUCAUUGGUAUUGCUAGUGGCUUUGGGGGAGCGCUCUUUGUCUACCUGAACCGGAAGAUUGUCCAGGUGAUGCGGAAGCAGAAAACCAUCAACCGCUUCCUCAUGAAGAAGCGCCUGCUCUUCCCAGCUCUGGUGACCCUGCUCAUCUCCACUCUGACCUUCCCCCCUGGGUUUGGACAGUUCAUGGCCGGACAGCUCUCACAGAAAGAGACUCUGGUCACCCUGUUUGACAACCGGACGUGGGUCCGCCAGGGCCUGGUAGAGGAGCUAGAGCCACCGGGAACCUCACAGGCCUGGAGCCCACCACGUGCCAACGUCUUCCUCACCCUGGUCAUCUUCAUUCUCAUGAAGUUCUGGAUGUCUGCACUGGCCACCACCAUCCCAGUGCCCUGUGGGGCCUUCAUGCCAGUCUUUGUCAUUGGAGCAGCAUUUGGGCGUCUGGUGGGCGAAAGCAUGGCUGCCUGGUUUCCAGAUGGGAUUCACACUGACGGCAGCACCUACCGGAUUGUGCCUGGUGGCUAUGCAGUGGUGGGGGCAGCUGCACUGGCAGGAGCAGUGACACACACAGUGUCCACGGCUGUGAUCGUGUUCGAGCUCACAGGCCAGAUUGCCCACAUCCUACCCGUCAUGAUUGCCGUCAUCCUGGCCAACGCCGUUGCCCAGAGCCUACAGCCCUCACUUUAUGACAGCAUCAUCCGGAUCAAGAAACUGCCCUAUUUGCCUGAACUGGGCUGGGGCCGCCACCAGCAGUACCGGAUGCGAGUGGAGGACAUCAUGGUGCGGGAUGUUCCCCAUGUGGCCCUCAGCUGCACCUUCCGGGACCUUCGAUUAGCACUGCACAGGACCAAGGGCCGCAUGUUGGCCCUAGUGGAAUCCCCUGAGUCCAUGAUCCUCCUGGGCUCCAUUGAGCGCUCACAGGUGGUGGCAUUGCUGGGGGCGCAGCUGAGCCCAGCCCGCCGACGGCAGUACAUGCAGGAGCAUCGAAAUGCCCAGACCUCUCCACCAUCCGAUCAGGAGAGUCCCCCUAGCCCUGAGACCUCCGUCCGCUUCCAGGUGAACACAGAGGACUCAGGUUUCCCUGCAGCCCGGGGGGAGACUCACAAGCCCCUGAAGCCUGCUCUCAAGAGGGGGCCCAGCAACACCAUGAACCUCGGGGAGAGUCCCACAGGGAACAUGGAGCAGGCAGGCAUCGCCCUCAGGAGCCUCUUCUGUGGCAGUCCACCCCCCGAGGCUGCUUCAGAGUUGGAGAAGUCCGAAUCAUGUGACAAGCGCAAGCUGAAGCGGGUCCGAAUCUCCCUGGCGAGUGACUCAGACUUGGAAGGCGAGAUGACCCCUGAGGAGAUUCUGGAGUGGGAGGAACAGCAACUAGAUGAACCUGUCAACUUCAGCGACUGCAAAAUUGACCCUGCCCCCUUCCAGCUGGUGGAGCGGACCUCUUUGCACAAGACUCACACCAUCUUCUCACUACUGGGAGUGGACCAUGCUUAUGUCACCAGUAUUGGCCGACUCAUUGGGAUCGUCACCCUAAAGGAGCUCCGGAAGGCUAUCGAGGGCUCUGUCACAGCACAGGGCGUCAAAGUCCGGCCGCCCCUGGCCAGCUUCCGUGACAGUGCCACCAGCAGCAGUGACACAGAGACCACAGAGGUGCAUGCACUCUGGGGGCCCCGCUCCCAUCAUGGCCUCCCCCGGGAGGGGAGCCCUUCUGACAGCGAUGACAAGUGCCAAUGAACCCCCUCAGUGGGUGGCCUAGGAUGGCAGUGGCUGUGGCUGUUGGUCUAGACCGUGAAGCUCUCCUGUCCCGUCUGCCUUGGGAAAGGAGGCGCCUGCACUAAAGGCUGGAGCCCUAGCCUCCCUUCCAGUCCUGGGGUGCCAAGCUCCUCCUGGUUCAUCCUACCUGGAAUCUGACCCAGUGCCCACCUGUAGCAAGUGUUCCAUGGGCAGGAAGAUCAGCAUCCCCCUGGCAGGACAGGGGUGGAGUCAAUUGACCCCUGCUCCCCCUUUGAGGGGGAAACGGGUAGAACUAAGAUGGGUUUAUACUGGAACCUCCAAUGACCAGAUGUAUAUAGAGAUUUACAAAGAUUUUUAUAUUAAUUUAAUAAAACAAAUUCUUAAAUAGAACAAAAUAAACACCUAAUGAGCCACUUA